AUGGAGAACAUCGAGGAGCUCUCUCCGCUGCGGAUCUCCCCGACAGUCCGAGCCCUGAGCUCCGCGCUCAGAGGGAAGCGUGAAAAUGUCCACGAUUCCAGAGAAGGGAACGGCGACAGGGUUUUCCCUGACCCGGAGAAGCUUUGGUUCAAAGAGAGCAGUGCCAAAAACCUUCGAAACAGGGACUUCUUGUCGCCGAUCACGAUGCUAAACACGCUGUUCGCGGACGGACAGGUUGGUUCAAGACACACCUGUCAGGUCCCUCCAGCAGUGAUGUCCAGAGUGCUGUCCCUUCGUGGCACUGGGGUACUCCCAGUAGCCGGUGGGGAGGUGAUGGGUGAAGGCUUAAGGCUGCGGGUGGAUCGAGUCGCAGCAUUCAGGACCGUCCUGGCAGCUGGAGCCUCAGACUACCUGAAGCCCUCAAGUCAGAGGGAAGGCUGUGUGGUCAUCAACUGUCCCGCCCUGCACCCAAAACCCGACACUCCCACGCCCGACACACUGAGUCUGGGCCAGCUAAGAACUGUCCUGAUAGCUGACCACAUGGGGGCGGUGAUGAGCAGACAGGGAUUUGAAGUUGUCUUUUGCCCCGUUCUUCCCGAAGACAGCGGUAUGGUCAGCUUCCUCCGAGCUCUUGGAAUCGAUUGGCCGACAGCUCCGGCCAACUGGACCACUGAGGAGCAGGAGGAGAAGAUCCACAAGGCGCUGGAGAACUCGCCGUACAGAGAAAGGGUAACGGAGAGAGGCAGGAGGACCAGCGGAGGAGGGAGGAAAGUGGAAGAGGAGGAGAAUGAGGGAGCGUUAAGGAUUAACUUGAAAAGAGUUUUCCAAGAGGAGGGGCUGCUGGGAUACGACCCCACCCUUGGUACCAGCACAGUCCACAGGGACAGCGUUUCCCACCUCGCACAGCUGGAUCUGUCUACAGCUGACUGCACAGUAGCCAUGGCAACAACUUUACACGUGACCUCCUGUCAGGAUGAGUUUCGCCAGCAGCAGAUAGCAAUGUUGUGGAGAGCCAGCGGAGCGACACACACUCAGAGACAUCUUGUUUGUGGUCCUGUGAAGACGCCUGGAUGUCUCCUCACAGCUGCGCAGUACCUGCAGCUGAGGAAAGGCCAGAUGAAGGAGGCUUCAGAGAUGAAAUAUGGAGAUAAAGUAGAAGGUCAGACGUGGGAUGACAUCAUCAAGGUGAUGACCUCUGCCACUGUCAGAUUUGAGCUCCUAUCAACGGUUCACACAAGUCCGGUGACGCUGGAUGUCCAGAGGGAAGGGGGCGUGUCAACCAAAGGGCCGAGGGGAGGCGUGUUUGUGAUGUAUAACUGCGCUAGACUGCACACUCUGUUUGACAGCUAUGAGCGAGGAGUGGAGAAGGGUCUUUACCCAGAAAUCCCUGAAGGUUCCCAGCUGGACUUCUCUGCUCUUAAAGAAGAGGGUGAAUGGCUUCUCCUGUUCAACUACCUCAUUCCCUUCUCCGAGCUGUUGGACCAAUCAGGACAGGCACUGGAUUGUGAAGGGGGCGGAGCCAGAGUGAACAUUAGGACUGAGCAGAUCUGUAAGUUUCUUGUGUCUCUUAGUAAAGACUUCAGCUCGUACUACAACAGAGUCCACGUGCUCGGGGAGCCGCUGCCUCACCUCUUUAACCAGAUGUUUUGUCGUCUCCACCUCCUGCGAGCACUGAGGGAACUCUACCACAGCGCUCUGGAGACCCUGAACCUCCCCCCCAUCAGGCAGCUAUAGCCUCGGCACGGUCCUCCCACCCUUCGGUCAGCUUCAGCCACACACCUUUUCUGGCUUUUGUUGCAGCUAAUUAGAAGAUUUCACCUGCCUGUCUGAGCUGGUGGACAAGCUGUGAUCAGUGGGAAAACAAUCAUUUUAAACGUUAACCUGUUUAAAUGUUGUUAAAGAAUGAUUUGGCACUUUGAGUCCAGAUGAUGCUACAAUGGGAAAUUAUUCUGCUUCUAAAAUAUAUCCUGUUUGGUAGAGUGGCUGAAUAGAAGUUGAGUGUGACCUUUUCUGAGCUGGAGUUGGUUUUCCUGCUCUGAAAAACGAGGAAGCAAGAACGGUCUCUGCGAGGGAAGACAGUUCCUUCCACUAAACAUUCCUGGAAUCAGAACUCCCCAAAAGACCAGGUUGCAACAACUGACCUACUAAGGUUUAGCUUUCUUUUCUCUUGAUGUCAGACUUUAUGAACACAACAACAAAACUGACCUUCAGGUCGUCUAAGCACCAAUCCACUAUACUGAACACGGUAUUUAUAUAUUGUAUUUAUAAUUAGUUACCCGGUACCACUUUACGACUCCCCUCAUAAAUGGCUUUAAUGAUUAUUUCUGAUUACAACUCUCAGUUUUUCAUGCCGGCUGAACAUGAAACUGGUCUCCUACACCUGUCUCCUGCACUAGCUUCUGAUAGAAAAGAGACGAUGAAACUUUAGGAACAGAAAAUCCUGACAGAUCUACGUCACACUGUCCCUUAUCAUUCGUGGACUCUCCCAUCUUUGCUCAACAGGGAAGGCUGUUGUUGGUUUAGCAUCCAGGAAACGGCAGAGAACGCCUCAGCUAGCAGAAGCUAACCGUUAGCAUAAGCAACUCCACAACACGACAACAUCAGCGUUGCAAGUCAGUGAUCCAAUCCGGGGCGAGAUGUCCAAAUAUCAGGAAAUAAAAGUCUAAAUCCUGCUGUCUGAAGCUCAGCUGUGAUGUGGCUCACUUCUAGUUCCUGGAAAUGGUGCACCAGUAUAUCCCCCCCCCUCCCCACCUCCCCCCAAGAACAACGUACAGGGCAGUCAUUCCUACUAGAGACCAAUGCAAAAGUAAUGAUUAAACAAGUGAACCGCAUAUUUAAAUAAAUGAUAAACUCUUAGUAAUGGUUUAUGCAGUGUUAAAUAUUAAUUAAUAACUAUUUAUUAUCCAUUCAUAUGAGAAGCCUUGAAAGUGGUGACUGACUAAUCUGUAGCAAACCGCCUAAUUUAUCACUGUUUUGGGACCAAUGCAAGUUUGAUUGGGUUCAUGUUUAUAAAAAGCAUUCAGGUAUUUUUUUUAGCAGGAAUCUGAUUACUUGGUGCAUUUUUAGGAAGCAUUCACUUCCGACUCAUUAGGUAAAAAAUAUGUAAAAUGUUCAGCUGCAUCAACGUGAAAUCAAACUACUGGUCUACGACUAAAAUCAAAACCAUCUCCUGUUUAGAGUCUUUUUCUUCUAAAGUAUAUUUGUGAGCUUUAAUAUCAUUUUUGUUGUAUCUAUAAAUGCCACAGAUCAACUUUAUUUAUUGCCAACAUGAAAAAACACAGAUAACCCUUCAUUAUUUACUAUGUGUCUGAGUCUAAACAGCUGUGUUCAUGAGGGUUUACCCUAUCAUCCAUACCUUUCCUGCUUGACAAAUCACACGUAUUUGUAAAGUAGCUGCCAAUGAAGUUAUUGACUCAAAUAGCAGUAUGUAAGACACUCUGCCAAGAAAUGCAUGAAAUAGAAAAUAUUUUUUUUGCUAAAUAUUUUAUUUAAACAUUUACAAAGGGGCAAAAUUGCCUAUAGAGUGUUUAAAAUGUCCUUUAAAGUGUGCCAUAGCUUGUUUUAUGUCCAAGUGGCUUGUUUAAAUGUAUAUUUGGAGAUAAAAUAUAAAGUAUCCACAGCAUGAAACUGUCUGAUCCCUGUAAUUUUAUGAUUAUUUUUAAACAAUUGUUUCAUUUUUGUUCAUUAUAAAAGGGUAAACAACGUUUGGUUGUUGAGAGUAUAAUUACAGCAGUAUUAAAGCGGAGGGUAUGCACACAGAGACUUACUGUUUACACUACAUGUGUGGUAUAUCAGAUGGACGAUGUCGGCAACAUCUGCUCGCCUCUUGUUCCCCUUUAAUCUAUAACCCAUCCUUUAUUUCUUCCUGCAUCCUCGCAGACAUUUCUUGCACAACUCCAUCAUUCCAAUCCAUUUACUAUUGUAUGUAAGUUCCAAAUGAAAAAAAUAAAGGUUCAAAACUAGAA